GGCAUCUCUGACUCGAUCUUUUAGAAGUUUUGUCAAAGAAAGCUAUUCAUGUUGGAGGUCUGGUUGUGUAUAUGUGCCUUUGUGUGAUGUGGAGGGGGUCUAAGGAAAGUUAAAGGACUGCAGACAUUCAAUUCUACUUCCACGAGCUGCUUAUGACAGCACUUAUACCUAUAACAAGCAGCCAAAUUAAUUUAAAGGCAAAGAACAGCAAGAAAACACAUGAUAUAUAACCAUAACUUAUAUUUAGGUGGUGACUGAAGAAACAACUUUGGAUCAAAUCACUCACCAGGAAAAAAGCCAAUAGAAAGACUUGGUGCUCCCUACCUCCUAGCUGAAUAUACCUGAAUACUGCAAAGGUUGUACUUCCUAGCUGAAUAUACCUGAGUACUACAAAGGUUGUACCUCCUGGCUGAAUAUACCCGAGUACUGCAAAAGUUGUGCCCCCUAACUGAAUAUACCCGAGUACUGCAAAGGUUGUACCGCCUAGCUGAAUAUACCUGAGUACUGCAAAGAUUGUACCCCCUAACAGAAUAUACCCGAGUACUGCAAAGGUUGUACCGCCUAGCUGAAUAUACCUGAGUACUGCAAAGAUUGUACCUCCUAGUUGAAUAUACCUGAGUACUGCAAAGGUUGUACCUCCCAGCUGAAUAUACCUGAGUACUGCAAAGGUUGUACCUCUUAGCUGAAUAUACCUGAGUACUGCAAAGGUUGUACCUCCUAACUGAAUAUACCUGAGUACUGCAAAGGUUGUUGAAUUAAAGUUGACCAGCUGCAUGUUGAAGCUCUUCUGUUUGCAGCAGGAAAAAAGAAAGCCCUCUUGGGGCUUGAAAUAAAGUGAAAACAAUGAACCUCCUUAGAGCUUGUAUCCACAUGCUUUUAGUUCAAAUGGCACAGCUUAUAUAUUUACUACCUGAGAAAUCUAUGCCGGUAUCAAAAGUGGCAGCAAAAGGUCAACCAAAAGACAAACUGUUAAGGUAUAGGACAAAAAGAAGUUGGGUGUGGAAUCAAUUUUUUGUUCUAGAAGAAUACACUGGCACAGAUCCCCUGUAUGUCGGCAAGCUUCAUUCAGACAUGGAUAAAGGAGAUGGAUCCAUCAAGUACAUCCUGUUAGGAGAAGGAGCGGGUAGAAUGUUCACAAUUGAUGACAACACAGGUGACAUCCAUGCAAUACAAAGACUCGAUCGAGAGGAAAGGUCUCAGUAUACUUUACGUGCCCAAGCUAUAGACAGGAAGACAAGCAGGCCAAUGGAACCUGAAUCAGAGUUCAUCAUCAAAGUCCAGGACAUCAAUGACAAUGAACCCAAGUUUCUGAAUGGUCCUUAUGUAGCCAGUGUUCCUGAGAUGUCUCCAGUUGGCACAUCGAUAAUGCAGGUGACAGCGACAGAUGCCGAUGACCCCACGUACGGAAGCAGUGCACAUGUUGUGUAUAGCAUCCUUCAGGGACAGCCUUACUUUUCAGUAGAGCCAAGAACAGGUAUAAUAAGAACAGCUCUAACAAAUAUGGACAGAGAAGCACGUUCUUACUAUGAAGUGGUCAUUCAAGCCAAGGAUAUGGCUGGACAGAUGGGAGGCUUAGCUGGCACAACAACUGUCAAUAUCACACUCUCUGAUGUCAAUGACAAUCCGCCAAGAUUCUCACAGAAACUUUACCAAAUGAGUGUUCCGGAAUCUGCUCCAGUUGGUUCCUCUGUCGGGCGUGUUCUUGCAAAGGAUUUGGAUGAAGGGAUCAAUGCUGAAAUCAGAUACACCAUAGUGGAUGGAGAUGGCAUAGAUGUAUUCAACAUCAGCACUGAUCAUGCCAGUCAAGCAGGCAUCAUCACAAUUAAAAAGCCUUUGAAUUUUGAGAAAAAAAAGAGCUAUACUUUGAAAGUGGAAGGAGCCAACACCUACCUUGAGCUGCGAUUCCUAAGCCUAGGUCCUUUCCAAGACACAGCUACAGUUCACAUCAGUGUGGAAGAUGUGGAUGAGCCACCAGUGUUUGACUCAAGCUUUUACUUUGUGGAGGUUUCUGAAGAGGUAGAAAUUGGGACCAUUAUUCAGUCUAUACUUGCAAGAGACCCUGAUGUGGCAAAUGAUUCCAUUAGGUACUCCAUUGACAGAAGCAGUGAUCCAGAGAGAUACUUCUAUAUUGACAUCAUCUCAGGUGCUCUAAUGACUGCAAGACCCCUGGACCGAGAAUCUAUUUCUUGGCACAAUAUCACCAUCUUGGCUAUGGAGAUGAAUAACCCAUCACAGAUCGGCAGUGCCGCAGUUACAGUUAAAGUGUUUGACGUGAAUGACAAUCCUCCUGAGUUUUCUCAAUUUUAUGAAGCUUAUAUGUGCGAAAAUGUUAAAGCGGGUCAGCUUGUGCAGUCUUUAAGUGCCAUAGACGACGAUGAUCCACAUGGAGGCCAACACUUCUCUUACAGCCUUUCUCCAGAGGCUGCCAGCAAUCCCAACUUUACUCUCAAGGACAAUCAAGAUAAUACUGCAUGGAUUCUAACGAGAAGGUCUGGUUUUCGACAACAAGAGCAGCACACCUAUUAUCUCCCAGUUGUGAUAAGUGAUAACGGACUGCCUCCCUUAAGCAGUACAAGCACGGUAACAGUUCGUGUGUGUAGCUGUGACAUUGAUGGAGAUAUAAUGAGCUGCACUGCUGAGCCCUACACACUGCCUGUCAGCCUGAGCAGGGGAGCACUUAUCGCAAUACUGGCCUGCAUCUUCAUUUCACUAGUGAUGAUUCUGCUGAUUCUGUCGAUGAGGAGACACAAAAAGCAACCAUGUAUAAUCGAUGAAGACGAAAACUUCCAUGAGAACAUCGUAAGGUAUGAUGAUGAAGGAGGUGGGGAGGAAGACACAGAGGCUUUUGACAUUGCAGCUAUGUGGAACCCUAGAGAAGUCCAGUUGCUGAAAACUAGACAGGAUAUGCUACCAGAAAUUGAAAGCCUUUCAAAACAUGUUCCGCAGACAUGUGCAGUUGAUUACAAUGUGCAUAGCUAUGUACUUGCAAAGCUGUAUGAAGCAGAUCAGGACCCUUGUGCUCCUCCAUAUGACUCAUUGCAAACUUACCUGUAUGAAGGAAAUGGAUCUGUAGCAGAAUCACUCAGCUCCCUGCAGUCAAUUACUACAGACUCUGACCAGAGCUAUGAUUAUCUCACUGAAUGGGGACCGCGCUUUAAAAAGCUUGCUGAUAUGUAUGGUGUUUCAAAAGACAGUGGCUCAUUAUGGUAGUGGAUGAAUGAUACCUACAUUUUGUAUAAGACAAUAAACAGAGAGGAUUAUAAUUAAAUCCUUCUGUGAACUAAAGUGUAACAUUUCUGCAGAUAAGUGGUCCACUGAAGGAAAGAAACAUCACUCCUUUUCAAAAAACAUAACCGAUUUGCAACUGUACAAUGCUGAAUGACGGAAAGAGACAUAUGUAUUUUUAAAAUGCAGCCUUUCUUUGAAUUGAGGUCACCAGAUAAAACUGUAUAUUCAAGUGACCUCCUUCCUUGAGGAAACAAAUUUUACAGAUCCAAUGUCAACAUGAAUUUCAACGCAAAAUGUGCCAUAUUAAUUUUAUCUUUUCAACCACCGAUUUUUUGAAAAUCUAGAUAAACAACAUUCUGAAAAUGAUAUUAGAAAACAUGAGACAAUUUUGUAAGGUAGAUUUAUUUUAAUGAAUCACUAACCCAGAUAUUUUUAUGAAAUAUAAAGGGUAAAAGUAUUCCAACUUCCAUUUUAUUAAUGGUAAUCACUUCAGUUUUGAGGAUUUCAAGUUUACAUUUUACAUAUUCUGAGAUGUCUAAGGAGCAGAUGACAACACUGUUUGUUGUGCUUCUUCUUCUGUUAGCUAUAAUAUUGCAGCAUUGCUGACUGUUAAGAACACUGGUAGAAAAUCUGUAUUAUUUUGGCACAGAUUUUUGCCAAAUGAAAGAGAAACUCUAUAAAAUGAAAGCCAAUGAAGUAUGAAGUAUAAAAUAUUACACAAAGAAACAAGAUAGGGCUUUACUAAAGUGGUUUGUCUGUUUUAGUUAGAUUUGCAUAGAUGAACUACUCAAACACUGCAAUAGAAAGAAUGGUAAAUAUGUAUGUCUGAAAAGUAAAAUGUAUACAUUUUGCAAAUAUGGUAAUUUUGGUAAUAAAAUAUUGUGUAUUCUUUUACAGUUGAAGAAACACUCCCUUUAAUAAAUUCACAACAUAACAGCCAUAAUAAGCAUUAAAGAGAAGAGUAUUCUUCAAAAAUAAUAGUAAACAGUAUACUGGUGUAAAACUUA